AUGGUGAUUAUGGUUGCUAAGCUGGCUUUUUCAAACCAUUUCUUGGUUGAUCCGAUUGGCUUCGCAGGUAUCCUUUUAUUAGUUUGGAAGCAGGGUUUGAUUGACUUAAAGGUUAUCAACCACUCUUACCAAGUCAUCCAUGCCAAGGUGAUCUAUGGAACUGAAUCUUGCUUUGCUUCGUUUGCUUAUGUUCGACCUAAUCUGAUGGCCAAGACAAGAUUUUGGGAAGAUUGUAAAUGGUUCACUGAUGUUUGUGAUGGUCUGUGGAUUUUUCUAGGUGACCUCAACGACAUCGCCAAUGUUGAUGAACAAUGGGGUAGUGAGGUGGUGAAUUCGAAUACCACUCGUAAGUUCUUGGAGUCUUAUAGUGAAUGUGGUUUGAUCGAUCCGGGGGCAUCAAGUCCCUUCUUUACUUGGUGUAGACAUGUGGGGAACCGUGUAGUGCAAAGAUGCAGACUUGAUAGGGUCUUGUGGAAUGUUGAGACUCAGAUCAACUUCCUUGAAGCAAAGGUUAUUGUUCUCCCUAGACUUCACUCAUAUCAUCACCCUAUCUUGUUCAUGAGUAUGACGGGCCCCCCUCCUCCUCGUGAUAGCCGCCCUUUCCGGUUUGAGGCGGUAUGGAUUUCCAGAGAUGACUAUGGUGAGCUUUGUAAAGCAUCUUUGAGGAACUAUGGUGGCACCUUUCUUGAGUUCAUUAAGGACAUCAUAGCUAAAAGCCACCAUUGGAAUUGGAACGUAUUUGGUAAUAUUUUCAAAACAAAGAGACACUUGGAGGCAAGAAUUAGGGGUCUCCAACAAUUGUCCAAUUAUCCUAGCUCGGAGGGAGUUCUUAAUUUGGAGCGUCGUCUUAUUUCUGGUCUUAACAAUGUCCUUGAUCAGGAGGAAACCCUUUGGUUUCAUAAAGCUAGAAUUUAG